GGGAGAGGGAGAACCACCUCCGCCCCCUCUCUUUUUAAAAAAAAUUUUUUUUAAAUUUUUUUGCAAGGAUCCCAAGAGCUAAGGUGGCUGCAGAGGGGAGAGCGGCGCGAGCCAAGUGGGGGAGGGUGGAGGAAACCCGGGAGAAGGCUUUCUCCAGCCCCCAAAGUUUUGAUGAUGACCAUGACUACGAUGGCUGACGGCUUGGAAGGCCAGGACUCGUCCAAAUCCGCCUUCAUGGAGUUCGGGCAACAACAGCAGCAGCAACAACAGCAGCAGCAGCAGCAGCAGCAGCAGCAGCAGCAACAGCAGCCGCCGCCGCCGCCGCCGCCGCCACCGCAGCCGCACUCGCAGCAGAGCUCCCCGGCCAUGGCAGGCGCGCACUACCCUCUGCACUGCCUGCACUCGGCAGCGGCGGCGGCGGCGGCGGCCGGCUCGCACCACCACCACCACCAGCACCACCACCACGGCUCGCCCUACGCGUCGGGCGGCGGCAACUCCUACAACCACCGCUCGCUCGCCGCCUACCCUUACAUGAGCCACUCGCAGCACAGCCCUUACCUCCAGUCCUACCACAACAGCAGCGCGGCCGCCCAGACGCGAGGGGACGACACAGAUCAACAAAAAACCACAGUGAUUGAAAACGGGGAAAUCAGGUUCAAUGGAAAAGGGAAAAAGAUUCGGAAGCCUCGGACCAUUUAUUCCAGCCUGCAGCUCCAGGCUUUAAACCAUCGCUUUCAGCAGACUCAGUACCUGGCUCUUCCCGAGAGAGCUGAACUGGCAGCUUCCUUAGGACUGACACAAACACAGGUGAAGAUAUGGUUUCAGAACAAACGUUCUAAAUUUAAGAAACUGCUGAAGCAGGGCAGUAACCCGCACGAGAGCGACCCUCUCCCGGGCUCGGCGGCCCUGUCACCGCGCUCUCCGGCGCUGCCUCCGGUGUGGGACGUUUCCGCCUCGGCCAAGGGCGUCAGUAUGCCCCCCAACAGCUACAUGCCCGGCUAUUCGCACUGGUACUCCUCACCACACCAGGACACGAUGCAGAGACCACAGAUGAUGUGAGUUGUCCGAGGGAAAUCGAUACCCUAGGGAAACGUCUGAACAAAGCAAAGAGAAUCCGGGACCUGCUGGCAUCUGUCAAACCGAGCCAAUGAGCAGGCUCUGGAGAACUCUUAAGUGUGGCCAGACGUUCUGGGUGCUGGCUCCCUCUCUCCCCUGCUUUCCCUCUGUCUCUCUCUCUCACUCUUUCUUUUGUCUUCUUCCUUCCCACCUUUCUUUUCUUUUUUCUUUCCUUUCCUCAUCUGCCUUUUCCCUUGAGCAGUCUCAGUAAUUGAUCUUGCAUCUUAGAAACAGAGAGAGUGGGAGAGAGAGAGAUUGAGAGAGAGACUGGUUUCUACACCAGCACUCAUGAAACCUCUCACUGUAAGGAUAUUUUCCCUCACCCCUUGGGAUCCAGGCUCCGAGCCGCUUCUCCUCUUUGGGAGUAUCCAUCAAAAUGACUUUUUUUUACAGACAUUUUCCCCCACCAGAAGAAUCUGCGCAAACAUGGCAGCGUUUUUACUUGUUUAAUGAGCUUAAGACAUUACAUGAUGAAAGAGAAGCAUUUCGGACUCCUGCAUUUUUAUUUACAACCCCAGACUGACAAACAAGGAAAGAAAGAAAAGAAAAGGAAAACACCCUCAUAUAACAGCCCUUCUCUAAAGAAAAAGGAAAAAUCGGCUGUAAGAUUAGAACAUUGCCACAAAGGGAACGCUGCAUGUUUUAUCAAAAUGCAAUGAGCAAGAAUGAUGAUUUAAACAAAACAAAACCACUCUUUCCCCACCCCUACCCUCAAACCCUAAACUGGAAUCAGGAAAGACAGAGGAAACAAGCAAAAUCGCCAUUCUAUUGCUUUGAUAUCUUUACUAGGUGAAUUGGUGGCAUUCACUAAGCUAAUAGGGACGUUUAUAUCAAGAAACAUUUCUGUAUAUAUUGUUGAAUUUUAGUUGUACAUAUACUUUGUAUGUUUUUGUCUUCUUUCAUAUAUGGAGUAAAAGCCACAAA